AUGAGGUCUUCAAUGGCUCGGCGGACGUACACCACCAAAGGGGGCUUCAGCUCCAACUCUGCCAGUGGAGGGGGUGGGCCCAGGGCCCACACCAGCUUCAGCUCUGUCACCAUGUCCCGGAGCAGUGGCAGUGGUGGUGGGGCCCGCUGUGGCCCGAGCACAGGCGGCUUUGGCAGCCGGAGCCUCUAUAACUUGGGGGGCAGCAAGAGUAUCUCCGUCAGUAUGGCUGGAGGGGCCUCCUCAGGGCGGGCCCUCGGCGGCUUUGGCCAUGGCGGUGGGGCCUUCAUGAGCCUGGGGGCUGGAAGGCAAACAUUCGGGCCCGUCUGUCCUCCUGGCGGCAUCCAGGAGGUCACCGUCAACCAGAGCCUGCUGACCCCACUCAACGUGGAGAUCGACCCGGAGAUCCAGCGGGUGCGCACCCAGGAGCGGGAGCAGAUCAAGACCCUCAACAACAAGUUUGCCUCCUUCAUCGACAAGGUGCGCUUCCUGGAGCAGCAAAACAAGGUCCUGGACACCAAAUGGACCCUGCUGCAGGAGCAGGGCACCAAGACCGUGAGGCAGAACCUGGAGCCUUUGUUUGAGCAGUACAUCAACAACCUCAGGAGACAGCUGGAUGGUGUCCUGGGGGAGAGGGGCCGCCUGGACUCAGAGCUGAGGAACAUGCAGGAUCUGGUGGAGGACUUCAAGAACAAGUAUGAAGAUGAAAUCAACAAGCGCACCACUGCUGAGAAUGAGUUUGUGAUGCUGAAAAAGGAUGUGGACGCCGCCUACAUGAGCAAGGUGGAGCUGGAGGCCAAGGUCGAUGCACUGAUGGAUGAGAUCAACUUCUUGAAGAUGUUCUUUGAGGCGGAGCUGUCCCAGAUGCACACGCACAUCUCAGACACAUCUGUGGUGCUGUCCAUGGACAACAACCGAUCCCUGGACCUGGACAGCAUCAUUGCUGAGGUCAAGGCCCAAUAUGAGGACAUUGCUAACCGAAGCCGGACGGAAGCCGAGUCCUGGUACCAGACCAAGUAUGAGGAGCUUCAGGUCACAGCUGGCAGACACGGGGAUGACCUGCGCAACACCAAGCAGGAGAUUGCUGAGAUCAACCGCAUGAUCCAGAGGCUGAGAUCUGAGAUUGACCACGUCAAGAAACAGUGCGCCAGCCUGCAGGCCGCCAUUGCUGAUGCUGAGCAGCGUGGGGAGAUGGCCCUCAAGGAUGCCAAGAAUAAGCUGGUUGAGCUGGAAGAUGCCCUGCAGAAAGCCAAGCAGGACAUGGCCCGGCUCCUAAAGGAGUACCAGGAGCUGAUGAAUGUCAAGCUGGCCCUGGACGUGGAGAUUGCCACCUACAGGAAGCUGCUGGAAGGCGAGGAGUGCAGGCUGAGUGGGGAAGGUGUUGGACCAGUCAACAUCUCUGUGGUGCAGUCCACCGUCUCCAGUGGCUAUGGCAGUGCCGGUGGUGUUGGCAGUGGCUUUGGCCUGGGCGGAGGCAGCGGCUACUCCUAUGGCAGUGGUCACGGCCUUGGAGGUGGCUUCAGUUCUGGCAGUGGCAGAGGCUUUGGAGGUGGCCUCAGCUCUGUUGGGGGCAGCAGUUCCACCAUCAAAUACAGCACCACCACAUCUUCCAGCAGGAAGGGCUACAACCACUGA